AUGGAAGGCGGUCUUCCCAAGCGGAUUAUCAAGGAAACCCAGCGACUCGUAGCAGAGCCUGUUCCUGGAAUCUCUGCAGAGCCGGACGAACAGAACGCGCGCUACUUUGGCAUCAAAAUCGAUGGUCCUCACGAGUCUCCGUUCGAGGGCGGUGUCUUCCGACUUGAGCUCUUCCUGCCCGAAGACUACCCCAUGGCACCUCCUAAAGUUCGUUUCCUGACCAAAAUCUACCACCCCAACAUUGACAGGCUUGGCCGCAUUUGCCUGGAUAUCUUGAAGGACAAAUGGAGCCCUGCCCUUCAAAUCCGAACAGUCUUGCUGUCAGUCCAAGCCUUGUUGAGCGCACCCAACCCAGAUGACCCGCUUGCAAACGACGUGGCCGAGCAGUGGAAGACGAACGAGCCGGCUGCUAUCGCGACUGCACGACAAUGGACUCGGCAAUACGCAACUGGCAAGUGA